GCAUUAUUCCAUUUCGGCGGCUAGACGAAGUGUUGACUUCAUCACGACGAAGGCAUAGUAACAAAUUAACGUCCUAAAGAAAAGAGAUGGCUCGUACCAAGCAGACGGCCCGUAAAUCUACCGGAGGAAAGGCGCCAAGGAAGCAGCUCGCUACCAAGGCAGCCAGGAAGAGCGCCCCCUCCACAGGAGGCGUCAAGAAGCCCCAUCGCUACAGGCCUGGGACUGUGGCUCUUAGGGAGAUUCGUCGCUACCAGAAGUCCACAGAGCUGCUUAUUCGCAAGCUUCCCUUCCAGCGCCUGGUGAGGGAGAUUGCUCAGGAUUUCAAGACUGAUCUGCGCUUCCAGAGUGCCGCCAUCGGAGCUCUUCAGGAGGCCAGCGAAGCCUACCUGGUGGGUCUGUUUGAGGACACCAACCUGUGCGCCAUCCACGCCAAACGUGUCACCAUCAUGCCCAAAGACAUCCAGCUGGC